AUGCAUACAGCAGCAAUUAUCUACAAGCCGGAUAGAACCAAUUCCUCGGUACUGUAUUCAGUUCAACAACAGCUCAAGUCCAUCUCUCAAGCACUCUUUAGCAAGAGGAGGAAGAAGAAGCAGAAGAGGCGCUGCGCAAGCAAUAACAACAUGCAAUUUCAGACAUACACAACAGCAUUAUGGAAGCUGGAGAGCCUAAUUGUCCGUGCUAGUAUUGACUUACAUACCCUCUUCCUACACAGCAUUCCCACAUUCCCCAUCUCUCAGAAAACUCCGGUCUCUGGCGCACUACUCCAAACCGGCCCGGACGCACAAACAAAAGCACGGAAGGCGAUAUCCGGCCCACGGGAUAUGGGCCGGAUGGAUACACAUACACAUACUAAUAGUAACCCCAGUCUCUCUCUCCGUCUCUCUGAGAGCUUCUCCAGUCUCCGUAAACCAAGACACACAUCGCCAAAGGGCCGAAGCCGGAGGCUGUCAGAGCCAAGGGGACCCGCUCCCGACCUUGCCUCGACUCAUGGGCGCAACGUCAAGAACGUUUACAGAGUCCAGUUACGGGAGAAUACGGACAGUUGCCCAGUUGGGUCUGUGUCAAGCUGUGUCAUCGGAUGUACGCAAUUGGCAAGAGUCAACUUAUAG